AUGUCAUCAAGAUUUUGGACCAACACGCCGUUGUCCGCAGAAGAGAGAGCUCGACGAAGAAACCUCUCCAAUGAGGAACGUCAAGCCGAAGCCAAAGCCGCCCGAGAAGCCUACGACAGAGCCCAGAGCAACGAGGAGUCUUGGUACCAACCACGCAAAGAGCCCAAGGAUUCCGAAUUCCGCCGCCGUCAAGCAGCAACACCAGAGCCCUCAGCCACCUGUGGCAAUCCUGCUUUCUUCGGAGGCGCACCCGAACAGAAAAGUGCCAAGAAGAUGAAGCAGGAACAAAAAGCCAAAAUCAGGGAACGACGCCGUGAAUCUCGCCGCGAAGCUGAAAAGGCCGCCGCAAAGGAAAGCAAACGCCUUGCAGACAUGAACCAAUGGGAUUACGCCAAGAUGUGGCAACGUCGCGAUCGCGAGGCCUACGGGUCAGCCUUCGAUGAUUUUUCCACAUCCGCAGCGGAUUUCAUCAAAGACAACACCAAGCCAUUUCCUAAACUCAAGAAACACGGUUGUGAACGCAACAAUUGUGUGAAUGGGAAUGUGCUUGGGGUGUGUCAUCAUGAGGUGGAGGCUACUUUGAGAGGUAGUGGGUGCUUUGAUGAGAAAUCGGUUAAGAAGGAGAGAUUGAGGUGGCAUCCGGAUCGCUGGACUGGCAAGGGUCAGUUGCAGGUUAUGAGUAAUGAAUUGUUUCAGCUCAUUCAGAGGAUUGUUGAUGGGGAUGAGAAUGCAAAUGCAAAUGCAUCUCGUAGUCAUGAAUGA